AUACAUGAUGGCGUUAAAACAGUUUGUCAUUUAGCCCAACCCGUGUUUUUCUCCGGAGCAACAUUUUUGUUUCCAGGCAAGUAUGGGCAUGUUUUUCUUCGAUUAUCAUUCCAGUUGUUUCAGAUAUUUAGAGUUCAUGGAUAUGAAGCCUGGCAAAUGGUAAUGUUGCUGCCCAGAAUUGCUGCCUGAAGGAGGUUGAGUUCAUGCUAGUUGCGCUGAUUUCUGGUGGGGAUAAGCCGAUAAAUAUACAAUUUUCUAAUGUUGACUAAUCAAAAUCUCGACGACGAGGAAGUACAUUGCAAUGCUGUUUUUCAAAGUUUUCUUGAUGAAAAGCACGAACGAGAAAUGACUGGUAUUCUUCUUCAUUCUGACGCAGAAGCAUGUUAUUCUGUGGUGGUUAAUUCUUUAGAAUUGUUUGAUUCAAACGUUGAAGUGAGUCAACUGCUUGUCUCUAAUCCAAGAAAGAUGUUACCUAUAUUUCAUCAAGCACUGAGAGAGUGUUUACGGUUGCUUUAUGGAGAACAUAGACUAGCUGAAAGUAUGAAAUUAAAAAAGAAUGCCUUCGUUAGGCUUUCUAAUCUUCCAACAUGUCCUGAACUGACUCGUAAUACCAUACCUAGGUCAUCUGACAUUGGAAGACUCUUAGCCAUCACCGGCAUUGUAACUCGUGUGGAUAGUGUGAAAUUGGUUGAGUGGCAAAAAGAGUUUGUUUGUAACAAAUGCAGAUUUGUAUUCAAAGUAACUGGUGAUUUUGAAAAAUGUUAUGCGGUCAACAAACCAACUCAUUGUCCAUCUCAUGAGGACUGUUCAUCAAGCAAGUUUUCAUGUUUGUCUGAAUCAGGGAAACCUAAAAGCUGCCGUGACUAUCAGGAAAUCAAAGUUCAGGAGCUGAUUGAAAACCUUGGUAUAGGAACUAUCCCAAGAUCAAUAUCGGUUGUGCUUGAAGAUGAUCUUGUGGACUGUUGUAAACCGGGAGAUGACGUCACUGUUUGUGGCAUAGUAAUGAGAAGAUGGAAGUCUGUUAAAAUUGAUACAAAAUGCGAUCUGGAAGUGGUCGUACAAGCGAACCAUGUGGAUGUACACAACGAACAAAAUGGAGGAAAUAUUGUGACAGAUGAACUAAGAACUGAAUUUGAGAACUUUUGGGAGGAACACAGGGUUAAUCCUUUAGUAGGUCGAGACCAUAUCAUUGCGUCAAUGUGUCCACCGAUAUUUGGUUGCUAUGUUGUUAAAUUAGCUGUUACACUUGUUUUGAUUGGUGGCGUGAGAAGAGUUGAUGAAACAGGGAUGAAAGUUCGCGGUGAAUCUCAUCUUUUGCUUGUGGGUGACCCUGGCACGGCCAAAUCGCAGUUCUUGAAUUUCGCCACAAAGGUUGUACCAAGGUCCGUUACAACAACUGGUGCUAGUUCAACAAGUGCUGGUCUUACAGUUACCGCAGUAAAGGAUGGCCCUGAGUGGGCGCUCGAAGCUGGGGCAUUAGUCCUUGCCGAUGGAGGGUUGUGUUGUAUUGACGAGUUCGGUUCUAUAAGAGAAAAUGACCGUAUAAGUAUUCACGAGGCAAUGGAACAACAAACUAUAAGCGUAGCGAAAGCGGGCAUAGUUUGUAAAUUAAAUUCAAGGACGACCAUCCUUGCUGCAAGUAAUCCGAAGCGAAGGUACGACCCACAGAAGAGUCUUACUGAAAAUACAGACAUCGAAAGCCCUUUGUUAAGUCGUUUUGACUUGGUUCUUGUGCUCCUAGAUGCUCACGUUGCAGAAUGGGACAAGGUUGUUUCAGAUUUUAUUCUUAAGAAUAAGAGAAUUGGUGAAAAGGAUACCGCAAAUUCUCAGUUGUGGAGUAUUGAGAAACUCCAGGCAUAUAUCUGUCUGGUUAAGACGUUUACACCAUCCCUUACGCCGGAAAGUAAUAGGAUACUCAGUAAAUACUAUCAAUGCCAAAGGAUGGCAGAUACCCGAAGCUUGGCUCAAACUACACUAAGACUUUUAGAAAGCCUGAUUCGUUUGGCUCAAGCACACGCAAGAUUAAUGUUCCGUCAUACAGUCACGUUACAAGAUGCGGUGAUGGCGGUUUCACUUGUUGAAUGUUCAAUGCAAGAGUAGCUGGAGGGGAGGAAACACCUUCUCUCCCUGAAGAUGCAGCUUAGAUGCCACUCAUUGGGAGUUUACGUUUUAGCUCUAUCUGUUACCCCAUGACAUGCCAAAAUUAUUUUAGUUUUUUGUUUAUAGCAAAUGGUUCCGAUCAGCUUUGUUGAUAUAAUGAUAUUUCACUGUAUUCAUGAUAGGUGAUAUAAAACGUUCUUUAGUAUGAUAGGUUAGAGAAUAGAACGUGUGAAAACAAUCACCAAACAUUGAUCGCCUUUCGAAAGGUCAAUUUCCAAAUGACAUGUACAAAUUCCUGUCGUAUUUGACGCAGCUUGGGUAGUCGCCCCAAGGCUGGGAUCUGAAUUGUGCACAACCUCCCCAAACUAUAGACAAAAACGCGUCCCAAAACUGAAUGAAAAUGAGUAAAUGCGGGAAAGAAUUAUAACAGACAAACAAUGAAACAGACCUCUCAGUAAAAAUAAACAAAUA